GCACCCUGCUCUGAUGGCUGUUGCUCUCCUGGCAGAUGCUGGUGGUGUUUAAAUCAGCCCCCAUCCUGAAGCGGGCCCUGAAGGUGAAGCAGGCCAUGAUGCAGCUCUACGUGCUCAAGCUGCUGAAGAUCCAGACCAAGUACCUGGGGCGCCAGUGGAGGAAGAGCAACAUGAAGACCAUGUCUGCCAUCUACCAGAAGGUGCGGCACCGCAUGAACGACGACUGGGCCUACGGCAACGCCCAGCUCAGAGCCCUGUGCCACCAGGGCCAGGUCCUGCAUGUCCCCUGGACACCCAUCUGUCACCUUGGCACCUCUGCCCUCCUCCACCCUCACCCACCUUCAUUGCAGCGCCAGCUGUGCCAUUCCCAGCUGUGGAGCCUGGAGAUCCCUUUGCUCUCCUCCCUGAGUGUCACUGGCAUUGCACAUCCUCUGCAGCCCUGAGGGGACAGAAAAUUCAACAUUAAACAGCCCAAAUUUUACCCAGAUUUUUGCUUGUUUGGGGCAAUGUCUGUGCCAGCUCUUGGGGUGGGGAGGGAAGGUGCUUUGGUGAAUAAUUUAUGAGAAAAACAGUGGAUUCUGUGGUCCAUAACUUUCAGGAUGAACAGGAUAUGGAGCUGUAAAUUUUCUGUCAAUUUAAUAACUUAAUACUUCAAUUAAAUAAUGAACACUACACUUGGGUAAAGCUGCAUUGCAUGAGGGUGGCAUUUGUCAAAGCAUUGUGUGUUCAUAUAGGGCAGGGAAGCCCUAAAUAAACAAGUGUUUGUUAUGGCAGGAUUUGUGCUAAUUGCUUAAAUAAUUAAUUAGCUUGGGAAUGUUUUCUUCAUGGGGUUUGUCCAAGGCCUUGUUCAUGGAAAUGGCAUAAAGCCUUUUAAAGCCUUUUAAAAUAUGCUUUUGUUCAAAAUAAACCAACUUUUAAAGGACGCCUCUUUA